GUUUGUUUUAAUGUGGAAGUGGAUCUCACAGCUUAAUGCAAAUCAAACAAACAAAGGAAAAAAGGAUGUCGAGCAUGGUCUUCCUUGAUUUUGAUGAAGGACCAUAGCAGGGAGCCAUGGAUAUUAGGUGUGAGUUAUAACAUCUUAAUUCAAAGAGUCUAGUAUAAAUGUACUGAAUGGACAGACCAGCAAUAUGGAUGAUUUAGAGAUAAAUACUGAAGUCACUGGUGCUAAAGAAGAAGAAAUCCUAUGUGAUGAUAAUUUCAUAUCUGAGGAAGAAGGUAGCAUUCCUAAACCACAAGAGAGUGACACGUCGUUUCAGAAGAACAAUGCAUUGACUCUGCCUGAGGAGCUAUCAAGGGACAGAUCUGAAAAAGCCUUAAGUGGAGGCCAGGCUUCUCUAUUUAUACACACUGGUGCUCCUACUGUUUCUAGCGAAAACUUUAUCUUGUCUAGAGGAACUGCUGUUAAUGGACCAGUUUCACACUCCACCUCAACCAAGACUUCCAUUAUGAAUAAAGGCAGUGUUUCAUUAACCACUGGACAGCCUGUAGGUCAUCACACAGAUUCCUGCUCAACUUUGACAGUGGUUCAUGAUCUUCAGCUGCCUGCGAAGAGUACAACACAAAAAUCAAAUCAGCACCAAGUUUUAUUUUUGUUACCUGAUGUAGCACAUGCUAAAAACCUGUCUCAUUCCAUUAAAAAUCUACCUACCUCUGCUUCAAUUGGUUGUGAUUCACAGAAAUCAGUAGGAAAUAGUGUAGACAGCACUUUAGUAGGCCAAGUAGAAGUUUGUGAGGAUGAUAAAAAUUUACUAGUGAAAGAUGAUUGUGUCGAUACAUUAACAGGCGUUUCCUCAGGUACAGGUGGUUUCAGAUCGGGAUGUGAUCCCAGUUGGGAUCCACAAAAAGAGUUUAUACAGUUUCUUAUGACAAAUGAAGAAACAAUAGAGAAGUCUCCCAUUCACUGUAAAGUAAGCUUAGAAAAAAAGCGAAAAAGGAAAAUGGAUGUUAGUAAAAUAACGCGCUAUACUGAAGACUGUUUUGGUGAUACCAGUUGUAUUCCUAGUAAAUCAAAACUAUUAAGUGUUGACUUUUUAGAGCAGAAUGAGGAGCUACAAAUAGUAGAACCACAAAAAUAUUCAUUGAGUAAAGUAAAGCCUGAAUCCACAGAUGAAGAGCUGGAAGCUGUUGAUGCUAUUCACCAGCUCGUUUAUAGUCCUACUAGUAACUGUGCAGAAGAUACUUCUCCUGUUCACACCAGCACUUUUUUUUCCAAUACUUUAAAAAAUAAGUGUGAACAGAAUGAUUCCGAAUCACCAUCUACUUUCAGUACUGAUGAACCCUCAUUUUAUCCCUGUACAAAGUGCAAUGUGAAUUUUAGGGAGAAGAAACAUCUGCAUAGGCAUAUGAUGUACCAUUUAGAUGGGAACAGUCAUUUCCGACAUCUCAAUGUCCCCAGGCCCUAUGCAUGUAGGGAAUGUGGAAGGACAUUUCGAGAUCGUAAUUCACUUCUUAAACAUAUGAUAAUUCACCAGGAAAGAAGGCAGAAACUGAUGGAAGAAAUCCGUGAGCUGAAAGAACUUCAGGAUGAGGGUAGGAGUGCACGGUUACAGUGCCCACAGUGUGUAUUUGGUACCAAUUGUCCUAAAACGUUUGUGCAGCAUGCAAAGACCCAUGAAAAAGAUAAAAGAUAUUACUGCUGUGAGGAAUGCAAUUUCAUGGCAGUGACAGAAAAUGAACUGGAAUGCCAUCGAGGGAUUGCUCAUGGAGCAGUAGUCAAAUGUUCAGUUAUCGGUAGCGACAUGUCGCAGAGGAAAACACAGAAAAAGGCAUCCUUGAAAGAUCCUUAUUUAGGUUCCUCAAAAAAGUCAUCGACGUAUAUGUGUAAGAUGUGUCCAUUUACUACUUCAGCUAGAAGCAUUUUAAAAAAGCACAUGGAGUAUUUGCAUCCAGCGUCCUGCAUUGAUCCCUUUGGUAGCCAUCUUAGACUAGAAAAAAGAAAAGGCAGCAUAAUAGAAGAAUCUUUAGAUUUUGGUAGCAGGACAAAGCAGUUGAUCAAACAAUCUUCGACUUUUCCAAAGAACUCUGUUUUAAAACAGGAUGUAAAAAGAUCAUUUGGCUCUACUUCACAGUCCAGUAACUUCACAAAACUCCACAAGAGACCCUACAGGUUUUUUGUUUCACAGUCAUCUAAACUUAACUCUGCUGAAAAAAAAGACAGCUAUGAAACGGAGGAUGAAAGUUCAUGGGAUAAUGUUGAACUAUGUGAUUACACUACACAGUCUGUGGAGGAUGAAUCUUACAGUGAUAUUAAUCAGGAGCAUGUAAACCUAUUCCCCAUAUUCAAAGGUAAAAUGGAAGAUCACGAAGCUGGUGAUAAAUCUUCACUUAGUUAUGAGCAGAAUGAUGGCUUUUAUUUUGAAUAUUAUGAAGAUGCUGAGGGUGGUAACUUCCUGCAUGAUUUGCAUGAUCCUCAGAAUUUGGAAAAUGUAGGAUCGGCAUUGCCAAAGCAUAAUUCAGUUUUCCAUUGGACUGAUUUGUCGCUUGAAAAGAAGUCCUGCCCAUACUGUCCAGCAACCUUUGAAACAGGUGUUGGUUUGUCCAAUCAUGUCAGAGGACAUCUUCACAGAGCUGGACUAAGCUAUGAAGCCCGUCAUGUUGUUUCACCAGAACAGAUAGCAACAAGUGAUAAAAUGCAACAUUUUAAAAGAACUGGAACAGGAACUCCUGUUAAACGUGUUAGAAAAGCAAUUGAGAAAUCUGAAACUUCCUCUGAGCAUACGUGUCAGCUCUGUGGAGGCUGGUUCGAUACUAAAAUUGGAUUGUCCAAUCAUGUGCGAGGACACCUGAAGAGGCUUGGCAAAACCAAGUGGGAUGCACACAAAUCUCCGAUCUGUGUUCUGAAUGAGAUGAUGCAAAAUGAAGAGAAGUAUGAAAAAAUCCUAAAGGCUUUGAACAGUCGCCGCAUUAUUCCCAGACCGUUUGUUGCUCAGAAAUUUGCAUCAAAUGAUGACUUUUUAUCUCAGAAUGUUAUACCUCUUGAAGCAUACCAUAAUGGCCUAAAGACUGAAGAUAUAUCUGUGUCUGCAUCAGAGGAAGAAGGGCUGAGUUUCCUAAAUGAAUGUGAUGAAACAAAAGCAGUGCUACAUGACGGAAGAAAAAAUCAGUCACUUACACUGAUAGAACUCCUGAAAAAUAAGAGGUUAGGACAUGAAAGGAAUCCUGAUAUUUCUCCUCAAAAGAUUCAUAAUCAAACUGCAAGGAAGAGGUUUGUUCAGAAAUGUGUUCUUCCAUUAAAUGAAGACAGUCCAUUGAUGUAUCAGCCACAAAAAAUGGACUUGACUAUGCAGUCAGGUAUGCCUGUGAAGCUUAGAACGUGUGUGCAUUGCAAUACGACGUUUACAAGUGCUGUUAGCCUGUCCAACCACUUACGCGCUUAUGCACGAAAGAAGAGUGCUGGACUUUUGACUGGGACAGCUUUAGACUGUAAGCAAAAGAAGUCGAGGUCAAGAUCUGGAAGCAAGAAAAAAAUGCUGCCAUUACCUCAUAGUGCUGAUGAAGUUUACAUACUCAGAUGCAGGUUUUGUGGUCUGGUCUUUCGAGGACCUUUGUCUGUUCAAGAAGACUGGAUAAAGCACUUGCAGCGACACAUUGUCAACGCAAAUCUUCCACGGACUGGAGCUGGUAUGGUUGAAGUCACAUCACUACUUAAAAAGCCUGCUUCAAUUACUGAAACUUCAUUUUCUUUACUGAUGGCAGAAGCCGCAUCAUAGAACAAGGAAACAUUUUAAAUUUUAAUUGGAUGUAAAUUUGAAAUACUUUGUCAUUUUUUAAAAUAAAUUGCUACACUAAAUUAUGUUUAUAAAUGCUAAAAACAGAAAAAUAGAGGAAGUGGAUUACAGUAACAUCAAAAUAAAUUGAAUACUUAACAAUUACAGUAAGUAGUCUUUAUAUUUUAUAUAGGGUGGAAGAUGUGUUUUUAAGGUUUAUUAUGUUUUUGUCAGUUACUGUGUUCACUAUCAAUACAAGACCAUUACAUGUAUGGCAGCCAUUUUUAAAUUGUUGCACAUGGGUACUUAAAAGACACAUUUUAAUAAAACAAAGAAACCAUAUUCUCUUCAGUGUUACCCAAAUCCAAGGCUCUGUUUAUUCCAAAAAGAAUUACAUAGUAAAAUAAGAUAUUAUUAUAUUUUGUUUGUAUGUAUGUAGUGUUUUGUAUAAUACCAAGAACUGCUAAUACAAUUUACUCAACUUAGGGCAUUAAAUACCAUGUACGUCAUAGUUCAAGAGACUGUUUCAUUCAAAUAGGGCAAUUAGUACUAUUCUAUCUAGGUGUGUAAGUGUUUUUUUUUAAAUCACAUGAGGCUUUUUGUACUAAAAAGUGGAGGGAAACUUGUUUAAACAAAUUUCUAAGAGAAAUAUGUACAUAAUACUGGAAAUUUGUGGUAAGGAAAUAUUCUUUACUUCAGUUGCAUUUCUCACUGACAAUAAAGUGGUGCAUCCAUGCUACCUCCUACUUGUCAACAAAGAUGGUAUUUACCCUUAUGUUUUUGUAUCAUAGUAGAUUCAAUCCAACUUUCUUUAUUACAAAGCAUCUUUUUGUUAACAAGUUUGUUUCUUUAUGAUGAUUUACCUAAAGCCUGGCUUGCUUACAGAAGUUUGCCUCUCUACAAUUUUAUUUAACACUGUAGAAAUGUACUAAUAAGCAUUGCUCACUACACGGUUAGAGUAGACUUUUCAUUUAUAAUUCUGUUUAAAAGAUUGAUCAUUUUAGAAAAUUUGAACACAGAUUGAAAAAUGUUUCUACAUAUGAAGAGAAUGUUUACAACUUAAAUUUUAGAGCUUGUUUUGGAUGUGAUUAUAUGUAUGAAAACUGUAACACUAUGCUCAUGCUAAGGACCUACUUACAGAAUUACUGAAAUAAAUGUGCUGUGAGGAUGGAAAUAUGGUGCAGGUGUCUUGGUCAUGAUGAAUUGUGUUUGUUCAUUUAAACUGUCUUCAGAACAUGAUUUUUGUUUAAAUCAAAUCGGAUUCCUCUACAAAUCAAUUUUGUAUGCAAGUAACAUUUCAUUUUACUCGUAUAGGGUAACAGAUACUGUAGUUAAGCCAAGGAUAUGCAUUGAUAUUUUCUUUAUAUGUAAAUAAAGUUAAAAGCAGUUAAAACAAGAGGAGUAUUUUGGUAGAGUAUAUACAUACCUCACUGCCAGUGAAAUUGCUUUCCUAUGGUAUAUCUCCUUACCAGAAAAUAUCUCUAAAUAAAAAGGUUUAAAUAAAAUCUAAAUGUCUAUAA